AAUAGUAAUUUCUUUAUCAUAGAUAAAAACUUUUCAUAAAAUGGCUUGAACAGCAAAUGAAUAUCGUUGGAAGGAGUAAAGAUGGCGUUAGAAGUACCCAAAGUUGCCAUUAAAGAAGAAAUAUCUUCUGCAGACGAAUUGUGUUCUGUUUAUAUAAAGGAAGAAGAUACCAAGAUGGAAAAUAUUGCCAUUAAAGAAGAAUCCUCUACUGUAGAAAACAUGUGCACUGAUUAUAUAAAGGAAGAAGACUUAAAAAUGGAAAAUAAUACCAUUAAAGAAGAAACCUCUACUGUAGAAGACAUGUGCACUGUUUAUAUAAAGGAAGAAGACUUAAAGAUGGAAAGUACAGAAACAAAAGAUGAAAUUGAGGAUCCACUUCAACUAAGGACCAAGAAGAGGAAACAUGAUGGAGUAAGAUAUCCCUGUUCUCGGUGCGAAUACAGUGCAACAAACCAAGGAAACCUUAAGAGGCACAUACAGAGCAUACAUGAGGGAGUAAGGUAUCCUUGUAAUCACUGUGAAUACUCUGCCAAACAAGCAUCUGAUCUUAAGAAGCACAUACAGAGAAUGCACGAGGGAGUUAGAUUUCCAUGUACUCAGUGCAGAUACACUACCACCAAAGCAUAUCUUCUCAGAAAACAUAUUAGCAUUCAACAUAGUAGAUUUCAAUGUGAUUUAUGUGAAUACGGUGCAACAACAGUUGGGAAUCUCACUGUACAUAUUAAUCAACAUUUUAAAUAAAUCUGAAAGUUGAAUUAGUAAUUUUAGACAGCUUCUUAAGAGUAAGCAAGCAUCAACGUUCGAAAUCUAAAGAUACCCAUACAGAGCAUUCAUAAGGAAGUAAGGUUUGCAUGUACUCAGUGUGAAUACUCUGAAACACAGCCAGGAAGUCUUAAAAUACACAUACAGAGUAUACAUCAGGGAGUAAGGUAUCCUUGUAAUCAGUGUGAAUACUCUGCAACAACCGCAGGAAGUCGAAAGAGACAUAUACAGCGUUUACAUUAGGAAACUAGGUAUCCAUGUAAUCAGUGUGAAUACUCUGGAACACUGCCAGGAAUUCUUAAAAUUUACAUAAAGAGUAUACAUUAGGAAGCUAUGUAUCCAUGUAAUCAGUGGGGAUUUUCUGCAACAAACGACGGAAAUCUUAAGAGACACAUACAAGAGUAUGAUUAAAACCUUAUUUUUUUUAUUUUUGAUCACAUUAAAUUUUAAAUAUCCUUGAUUUCUAUAUUAUUUGAAUGUGAAAUAAAUAGUUCCGGAAAAUUAAAAAAUUGGAUCUUUUAGAAUUAUAAUUCUUAGUAAUGUUUUUAACUCAUGUUCUCAACGUUAUAUUGGUUUAAAUUAUUAUUAUAUGAUAACACCGUACU